AUGAAAAAGAUUCAACUGAUGGAAGACCUUUGUGAUCUUACCGUCGACACGGUCUUCCUCGGCAGCAGACCCACACAGAACUACGUUUCUCACUACCGAAGAGCUGUGUGGGGCACUAAGAGGAACAACAAAGGGGUUCCAGGCGACGCCAACAAUGCCGGAUCCCAGUUUCAUCGCGAGCUGAUUCAAAAGGUCAGAGUUGGACAACUCAAGACGGUCUUCCGAUACCUAAUUGACAACGACUACGUCGUGCACCCCGAAUACGCGGCGAUGGUCUUCGGAGAACGUCCUGAUCUCGCACGUACCGAACCAGUGCGAUCAAGGAUCAGAGGCAUGGUAGCUAAAUCGGAUGUAUUUGACAUGAUGGACAAGUCCAAAGAGCUCGUGCUACCAGAGUUCCGAGGCCGUCUUCCGACUGCUAGGCUCGACAUGUUCAAAGUUUUCACUACUUUCGUUGCAGUACUGGAGAAGUUCAGCAUCAUCGUUCAGGGACAGCAUAACGGCGGUGGCGUCGAAUUUCACAUGGUUACCGACAAUCACAUUGUGAAGGGAUCUGUGGUUGAUCUCGUGCUUGGGUUCAUCGUACAGCUUUCCGGGGACAAACAGAAGGAGAAAAUGCUUCAGGAUGUCUCGCUUCUCACGGCUGCGGCAUGGGCAUUCUUUAUAGAGGUGGAUCAGGGCGCCAAGCUGGAGCACUAUUUGUGGAACAUCUGA